UAAAUGAUAAAUGAUAUACCUCUAUAAUCAUACAUAAUCGAUAAGCCCCACUGCCGUGUACCUAGGUUACGCGCCGCGCAAUUGACCAAAGUACCUAAACUUAAACAAACAGAACUCCGUUGCGUGCAAAAGUAAACGCCAAACAACUGUCUGAACAGCUCUACACCUAUAAGCAAGUUCUACCCCUCAGUAUGUCGUCUAAUAAGAAGCCAGAGGAUACGAAGAAACAGACGGGCAACAGCUCGGACGAACUGACUGCAGUCGUUGAGGAAUUAUUAAACUCCCUGUCAAGCAAAUUUGACGGUGUCUCGAGCGAAAUCUUCGCUAAAAUGGACGACAUGGCGCGCCGAUUGGACCACCUCGAAGCCUCACUCCAAGCUAACGACGAGAACGGCGCAAAUUCGUCACCUAGGACAUAAUAGGGGUAAAGGGCAAUUAGAGGUUAUAUGGAGCAUCGCAUGGCGUUAGGGGGAACGGUUUGGUUCAUGAUGGUUUGUAUAGGACAGACGGUACAGAAACUAGACU